GUUUAAAGCAGUGUGGUUGUGGUUGCUAUCAAAGAAUAAUGCUAGCAUCUAAUAUAGCUCAAGAAAUAAGAGAUGGUUUAUACAAUGAUUUAGGUAUAACAUGUUGUGCUGGCAUCUCAUAUAAUAAACUAUUGGCUAAACUAGCUGGAGAGAAACAUAAACCUAAUAAACAGACCACACUGUUACCUGAAUUUACUCUACAAUUACUACAUUCCCUACCUAGUACUAGAAAUAUACCAGGUAUAGGAUAUGGUAUAGGAUAUGGUAUAGGAUAUGGUAUAGGAUAUGGUAUGAGUAAAAGAUUAAGAGUAUUAGAUAUAGACAGUGUUUUAGAUCUUUAUAAUUAUAAUCAAGAGAAACUAGUUACAGAAUUUGGACAACAAACAGCUAAAUUUCUCAAAAAUAUAUCAGCUGGUAUUGACCAUACACCUGUUGUUAGAUAUGGUCCUCCACAGUCUAUAUCUGAUGAAGAUUCUUACCGAGAUUUAAAUAAUAUCAAAGAUAUAGAGAAAGAGAUUGAUGUAUUAGUGGAUAAUGUUUUAAAAAGGUGUCAAACAAUUACCACCAGAUAUCAGAAAGAAAUUUUGAACACUCAGAAUACUUCAAAGGCAUCUCAAAAUCCGGUGAAUGUGAUAAAUAAAGCUACUUCUAAUUUAGAGACCAAAAUUAAGUCGAAAGUUGGAAUAGCCAGUUUCUUUGAUAGAUUCCCCACAUCACAGACAGUGAAGGCAACACAGCAAGACACUACAUCAUUACAUUGUGAUACAUUAUCAUCACAAUGUACAUUAUCAUUACCCCAAAAACCUGAGCCAACAUUGCCAAGUGAUGAACCUUCAUUAUCAAAAGAAUUUGACUCAUUAGGGCAAAGUGAACCAUUUUCAGAACAUUGUCAACCAGAAUCUAUGGAAUAUUUUCUGUCUACAGAAUCAUCAUCAUCACAGAAGGCAGAGUCUCUCAAGCUGUAUGAAUCAUCAUCAACAUUGCAGCAAAAGGCAGAGAUUUCUAGGCUGUAUGCAUCAUCAUCAUCAUCGAAGAAAAAUGUUUCUCCUCUUCAGAAUGAACUAGAGAAUCAUCAACAGGGGGCCGAAACUAUCCAAAUUCCUCCCAACAUUGAUCACAGUGUGUUUGUGACUUUACCUCCAGAAAUUCAAAAUGAACUGAUAUCAGAAUGGAAGGCUUCUAAAGAUCAUAAUAUUGCCGUGAAUAAAAAGCCUAAAGCUAAUACUUGUAUUUUAGAAUAUUUUAAUAAAAAGUAA